UAGUACUGCAUUUUGGAUAUUCAGUAAUGAACCCACAUGUACACAAGGGGUUAACAGAUAUCUUUCCUUUCCCUCACAUGACAUCUGCUGAGGUGUAAUUCUGGACAACAGAGAUCCUGCCAUAAAACUACACAACAACACUUACAGCUAUAGUACAGUUCAUAUCAAAGAGAUGCAAAUGACUGUACACACUGGUGUGGGUGCAGGGCCAGAGUUCCUAAGGAUAGGAGACCCCACUGAAUCAACAGGAAUGUCUGCAGCAUUGGGCUCAAUGGGAUUUGAUCUGCAGUGCAACCUAUCUUGAUCUACCUCUCUUAGCUGACUGAGAUGAAUCAUCCUAAAAACAACUUGCAUCGACCUGAUUGGCUGGGACUGUCAUUUGGGUGUGUCUUGGGAAAAGGGUAGUAUGGGUUAUGCUUGGUUGAAUGGUCUUCCUCAUGUAUAUAAACAGCAUUUGUAAAUACCUUGUUAGUUAGGCACUUUCCUCUCCUCCAUUGCACCUUUCCUCUCCCUUCUUCCUCCCUCCAUUUUAGUUAUUUCCCUCCUUAUUUUAUACCUUUUAUCUCUUUUGUAAAUAAAUAUAUCACUUAUUUAAUAAACCAGGCUGUCUCAGUUCAAUAGUUAAAUACCCCAGAAUAGAGCAGGUCCAACAUUUGGCACCCCAGAUGGGACCUAUGGGCGAUAAUCUAAAACCAUAGGAACCAAGGAAACAGAAUCUGCUUGACUGAGGAUUUGAGAAGCCUGAGUUUAAUUUGUUAAAGGUAUAACCAGGAAAUAAAGUCUGGAGCGUAACACAGGUAAGUAUAGAUUUCUUUUAUCUGAUAUUUAACAGAAAGUGAUUGUAUUGUAUUUAUGUUGUUACUUGUUUAACAGUAGAAGGAAAAAGUAAGGAUAUUUGUGAAGCUUUGAAUGUAUGACUUUUUGAGGAUGAAUAGUAAAUGCAGAUAUUUCUGAGAAGAUUGUGGACAAUAGAGUGGUGAAGUAUAACUAGGGAGGAAUUAUUACAUUAAUUAUAUGUGUUGUGCCUGAAGUUAUCUGUUUGUUUGUGUAUUUGUAUUUUUCUUUAGUUACUAACUAGGGUGCAGGUUUUUUUGUUGCUGCACAGUUUAGUGUUGUGGAUCAUUGUGUAGGUUAUUGUUUGUGGUGUCUAUUUCUCAUUGGUAAACAUGGAACUUGUGGAAAAAUAUGUAAACAAAUAUGCCUCUGUGGAUUACAAUUCAUCUGCAGAUGAAUCUUUGACACAUCAGUUUAAAAGUCUACUGACACAGUGUCAAAGUCAUAAUAAUAAAAUAAAAGGUAACCAACUUCCAAAGAUGGUAAAGAAGAUAAAAUUGGCUAAUGAGAUAGUCAUGUUAUUAAAAAUGAAAGGCAUUGCUGAGCAAAAGGCAGUACAGUGGAACAGUGAGAAGGCCCAGCUCAGGGAAGACUUAGAUAAGUUUGGAGAGUCACUUAUGGUAGCAGCUAGCACUUCUGCAGAACAUAUUUCUGAAUUAGAUAAACUAAGGGAGAAGGUGUUGAUGCUAGCAGAACAGAAUAAGUUAUUAGAAGAAAAGCUGCAGGAAUGUGAGGAGAGGAGCAGGCUCAGGGAACAACAUGUGACCUGUUUAGAAAGCAAGGUGGGAUACAGUGAGGAAAUAGCAGGGUCUCUUAAAGAACAGCUAAAAGAUGCAAAUGCACAGCUAGCACAUAAAAAGCACUGUGUUCCCUCCAUGAGACAAAACUGCAAACCUGGUUACGACCAGGAUGUCCCAGUAAAUGUCUGCCCUGUUACUGAACAAGAGGUAAGAGAUAGGGAACUAGGCACAAGGCCACAAACAUUAUCUAGUCCAUCUCUCUUUAGCCCCCAAUCAGAAUGCACCAGACAAAGAGUUGAUAAUGCAUCUAUACCAACUUAUAGAAAUAACCCUUCUGAACCAGGAACACUCAAAAUACAAGAUGUUAUCAAUUUGACCCAAGUAUUAGGAAAGUUUGAUACUAAUGCAUCAGCAAUCAGCCUUUCCAAUAAACUGGAAGCUGUGAUCAAACAAUAUAACUUGGGAAAUAAGGAUGCAUGUGCCUUGCUUAGAGCAUGGCUUCCUUAUCAACUGGCUGCAGAGCUUAGGCCCCCAGUUGGUAAGCCCAGUGAGGUGUUAGCUGAUGUCAGUGAAAACUGGGGAGAUGCCAGAGACAGGUUCGGAGAAUUGCAACGUAUUAUGGGUAGGCGUGAUACAAGAGGUGCAAAUGCACUAGAGAAUGCAAGGUAUAGGAGAGGAGAUGACGCAAUAUUAUUUUGUACAGAUUACCUCUCCCUAUAUAAAGUUGUAUUUAACUGCCCUGAUAUGUUGUCUGAUGACCCAAAUUUCCUUUAUUCAAUGGCUAACAAAUGCUGUGUUGAUUACAAUACAAAAAUUGCCCUCAGAUAUGCCAGAUCUUACAACACCUUUGUAAAUGUACUUAGGGAUUGGUCUCAGGAUUCAUUUGAAUCCCAUAGACAUAUUUCUGUUGUAUCCACAAACCACCAACACAGGAGAUAUUCAAGACGAUGUUUUGGUUGUGGAAAAUCUGGUCAUAUUGUUAGAUUUUGCAGGCGUUCUAUGAAACAACAUGCUUCUUGUACUUACUCAUGUCAUUCAGUACAGAGACAAGAGGGGGAUGUACAGCAAAAUCUAAAUAAUGAUCUCCUUGGCCACAGCCCUUCCAUGGGGCCUGAAACUGUUGUCCCCUCUGAGAAUACAGACACAGAUCCCACAAUUACAGACAACACAGGAGACCAAAAACAAAGCCAAAAUGAGCCCAGAAGGGAAUUCCACACCCCUCCUUGUAAUACAGGGAAAGAAGGGACAACGUUCCCAUCUUGUAUGCCUUGGGUGAAUAUUCCACUCUGGCUUUACAGCAGCUGGUCACAUAUUGCUAUGCAAAUGCUAAUGGCCAACUUAGCACAGUUUGCCCAGUGUGUGUCCAACUGAAAUAACACUUGAUAAUGAAAAUCAAUGUAAUCCACAACUAACGUGUAAGGAAUUUAUUUAAUAAGUUUUGUUUUCUGUAAUGUCAUUGUAUAGGUAUAUGUUAACAAACUAUGUGUUUCUUUCUUUCAGAAUACUGGAGGAAGAAUAUCUGUCCUUUCCUUUCAAAUAAUGAAGGCAAAUUAAUAUUAACAUUAUUUGUGUUCCAACAGGUUUUUUGUUUUUUUCGUUUUGCUCUAAGGUACAUGGUACCUGGUGACUUUUGGUAUCUUAAUUUAAAUUUUCCAAUAUUUUUAAUAAUGCAAAUUAAAUUAUAUUGUUUUAAAACCACGUGGUACAAUGAGCUCAAUAGUAAAAUAAUUGUUUGCAAACAAUUAAAAAAAAUAUAAACUACUGAUAUAGAAUACCAUGGCAAUUUGGUGCACCAGUGUUUUUGUUCUGAUACUAACUUUCACUUAAUUCCCCACAGGUAUUUGUUUUUGUUUGUUUAUUUGUUCAUGUUAUUUGUCUGUGUCAUGUUUUGUUUGUGUUUUGUGUCCUUAUGUAAAAAAAACAAAACAAUGCUUUGGAAUUGAUACUUUAUUAGAAGCUUUGUAAUCAGCUGAUUACUCAAAACACUGCUAAAAUCAGCAGAACAUUUUUGUUUGUUUUUCGCUCUCUACUUGCAUAAUGGUACCUAACUUUUUUGGUACCAAAUGGGGGUUGCGGUUGCCCAAAGUAUUUGCAUUUCUAAAGCCUAUCAAAAGCUGCAGUAGAAGCAGGAAAUGUUUUUGCAAUGUUUUUAAUUUUGUUCUUGCUCUUUUAUUUCCAUGAUCCAUGGACCGAAUUGGAGCCUGGAUUAACUGUGUUUUUGCUAUAUUGGGUUUAAAACAGUUGUUUUUUUUGUUUUUUUUUUUAUGACAUGUUGACUUUAGACAAAACACCACUCGCACAUUGUACAUGUAACAGUUUCCUCCUGUUUCUUAUAUUUAUAGCAUACAUAACAUACAAACACUGGUAUUUGGAAAUAAGGAAUAUAUGUUAUUGUUUUUAUUCAAUCAAAUUUGUGUUUCAUUGGUUUUACAGAGAAUUGUAUUUGCUUAUAGAAAUUAGAAUGGAUUAUGAAGUGAAAAGACUGCUUACUAGAACUGAGCAAUACCAAUGUGUUACCUGCAAAUUGGAUGUAUUUGCAUUGGAUAAACUGUUGAUUAUAGCAGACAGUAAAAUAUACUAACUCUAGUGAAAUAUGCCAUGCAAAUAUAAUAAUCGAAUGUAUAUGUAAUAUGCAAUGUUUUGUAGUAUUGAUGACGUAUCUUAUUGCAUUGUAUUGUAUUGUAAGUGUGAAUGAGAGUGAAUGGUGUGACGUUUUUGUACUCCCUGCCCAUUUGGAUGCUACACUGAGAGAGCCACAGGUCUGAAGAGGAUUUGCCAAAACUUUUGAAGAGGAUUUGCCACUACAGAGAUGAUGUUUGUUUGCAUAAGAAUAUCCAAAAUUAUGUUUGUCAUUCUGACAUGAAAAAAAAGUGGGGAAUGUAGUACUGCAUUUUGGAUAUUCAGUAAUGAACCCACAUGUACACAAGGGGUUAACAGAUAUCUUUCCUUUCCCUCACAUGACAUCUGCUGAGGUGUAAUUCUGGACAACAGAGAUCCUGCCAUAAAACUACACAACAACACUUACAGCUAUAGUACAGUUCAUAUCAAAGAGAUGCAAAUGACUGUACACACUGGUGUGGGUGCAGGGCCAGAGUUCCUAAGGAUAGGAGACCCCACUGAAUCAACAGGAAUGUCUGCAGCAUUGGGCUCAAUGGGAUUUGAUCUGCAGUGCAACCUAUCUUGAUCUACCUCUCUUAGCUGACUGAGAUGAAUCAUCCUAAAAACAACUUGCAUCGACCUGAUUGGCUGGGACUGUCAUUUGGGUGUGUCUUGGGAAAAGGGUAGUAUGGGUUAUGCUUGGUUGAAUGGUCUUCCUCAUGUAUAUAAACAGCAUUUGUAAAUACCUUGUUAGUUAGGCACUUUCCUCUCCUCCAUUGCACCUUUCCUCUCCCUUCUUCCUCCCUCCAUUUUAGUUAUUUCCCUCCUUAUUUUAUACCUUUUAUCUCUUUUGUAAAUAAAUAUAUCACUUAUUUAAUAAA